ACGAACGAAUCAUUUUGUACUCUCCAACAAUCCAUCGAACGAAACAUUCAAAAUAACUUCUUCACCGCGAUUUUGAUGUGACUUUCACAUAUUUUGAAAUGGUUAAGAAUUUUGCGAAAGCCAAGUUCUUUUCUUUUUGGUGUUUCUGGGUUUAUUGUGACAAUGGGAGCUGUGCAUUUUAGCCUUGUGAAGUUCAAUGGAGGUUUCUUAGUGUGUCUAUGGCUGUGGGGGAUGCUCUCGCUAUCCUGCGCAGCAGCGAGGUAUGGCUCUUCAAGGCAGAAGUUUGAGGUGAAGAAGCACUUGAAUAGGCUCAACAAACCUCCUGUUAAGACCAUUCAGAGUCCUGAUGGAGAUAUAAUCGACUGUGUUCCUAUCUCAAAGCAGCCAGCUUUUGACCACCCUUUCCUCAAAGACCACAAGAUUCAGAUGAGGCCUAGUUACCACCCUGAAGGGCUCUUUGAUGACAAUAAGGUAUCUGCAAAACCAGAGGGGAAAGAAACUCAUAUCCCUCAGUUGUGGCACCGGUAUGGCAAAUGUACUGAAGGAACGAUUCCCGUGAGGAGGACAAAGGAGGAUGAUGUGUUGAGAGCAAGUUCAGUCAAAAGAUACGGCAAGAAGAAGCAUAGGUCUGUUCCUAUUCCUAAAUCUGCAGAACCUGACCUCAUCAACCAAAAUGGUCAUCAGCACGCCAUAGCUUAUGUGGAAGGGGAUAAGUACUACGGAGCUAAGGCGACUUUGAAUGUGUGGGAGCCAAAGAUACAGAACACAAAUGAAUUCAGCUUAUCGCAGAUAUGGCUUUUGGGUGGUUCCUUUGGACAAGAUCUUAACAGCAUUGAAGCUGGCUGGCAGGUGAGCCCGGAUUUAUAUGGAGACAAUAAUACAAGACUCUUCACUUACUGGACUAGUGAUGCCUAUCAAGCUACCGGUUGCUACAAUCUUCUUUGCUCGGGUUUUAUUCAAAUCGAUAGUGACAUAGCAAUGGGAGCAAGCAUUUCACCAGUCUCUGGAUAUCGUAAUUCCCAGUACGAUAUUAGUAUUCUAAUCUGGAAGGAUCCAAAGGAGGGACAUUGGUGGAUGCAAUUUGGGAAUGGGUAUGUUUUGGGGUACUGGCCAUCAUUUCUGUUCUCCUACCUAACAGAAAGUGCAUCGAUGAUCGAAUGGGGAGGAGAAGUUGUGAACUCGCAGUCAGAAGGCCACCACACUUGGACACAGAUGGGAAGUGGUCACUUCCCAGAAGAAGGUUUCAGCAAAGCAAGUUACUUUCGGAACAUUCAAGUCGUAGAUGGAUCUAACAACCUCAAAGCACCAAAAGGACUUGGUACAUUCACCGAGAAGUCCAACUGUUAUGAUGUUCAAACCGGAAGCAAUGAUGACUGGGGACAUUACUUCUACUACGGUGGUCCCGGUAAGAACAAGAACUGCCCAUAAGCCGGGCAUGUGUAGUGUUACUCAGCUUGUAACUCUCUUUCAGUCUUGUGAAUUUCCUCCUUGGGUAGUAGUAUUAGGCUGUAGUAAAAAAAAAUGUCAAUUAGUGAUGUUAGUGUAAGCUCUCUAGAUGAUGGGAAGUUUUGAGGUUUGUCUGGUUUUUAACUUUAUGAUAAGGUGUUUGUUUGUAGUAGUCUCCAUGUAACUAGAUGGGGGGAAAGUAGUAGGUGUGACUUUAAGUUUCUUAAAAACUCAAAGAAACUUUGGCCCUUAGUAUCCCAUUGAUGUCACUUCUUUGUAUGUCCACUCUUUGAUCACUCAUUUCUUCACCAGAAAACUUGAUAAUUAAAUCGCCUCUUAAUGCUUUGUGUUUGCUUUCAAAUCCUCUUUGUCUCUCAACAUUGAAAGACAAAAGUGUCACUGGAGAUUUGAGUUUUAGCUUAGUUAAAUAACAAGUUCAUGUUCCA